UCCCUAUUGAACUACAGUUUGCAAUCUACGUCGUUGAUACCGCAUUUUAAUUAUGGUCACAACCAAAACUAUUUUGACGGUUUAAAUUACUUUCAAAAAUAUUCGUCAAAUCAAUUAUCUGAAAUGGACUCGUACUUAAAAGCCAAUGUAUUUGCAGCGUCGAAUUUUGGUACAAACUCAAUCUUUACGUCUGCACUGAACGUCUCUAAUAAGGGUAGCCCCUUAAGUGUUCCGCAGUUACUUCAUAAUCAACACGUGGGUCCAGCAGCAGCAAUUUCUAGUGACGUAAUUUCCGCACUCGAACAGUAUAAGCAUUUGCUAAAAACUCCACUUAAUAGUCUUAAUUCAAAUCAUAACUUCGGAAUAACAAAUGAAAGCACCCCAGAACGUGUAGAAACUUGUUUAUCAGGGAUAAAUAUAAAUAGUGGCGACGAUUAUUUGUUUGAAAACCAACGAGCACAUCAUGAACCUGAUUUUAUUCAACAUUCGGAUUCCUUUGGUACUGCUAGGUCGACUGCACAUUUGAAACGUUCCACUACUACGUUAAAUAAACGUGCAAUUAAUAAUAAUAAUAAUAUGCAAUUAUCCUCGCAUAACGAAAUUAAUAUAAUACCCAAUAGAGCGUUCCGGGAAAAUGACAUUAUGAAGAUGGGUACUAAAAAUAGCGUCAGUAUGGAAAAUAUUCCGACAACAAACUUGCCUGGGACUAAUCAUAUUUCUAAACAACAUAACGAAAUCACUCCUGGUAUUGACUCAACAUCUGUCAGUAGUAUAUGCAAUAAUGAUAACAAUUUUAUGGUUCAUAAUCAAACAAGUAUGGUUGAAUUAAUUACACCAAAUAAUCAAAAUAGUAAAUUACUACAUAAUAAAUCGCAAUGCUUAAGUUCAGUGUGUUCUGAUGUUCAAAAAUUAAACACUACUUCAAAGUUGCUAAAGUCAAAUCAAAAAAAAAAUAGAGCUUGUCCCUCUGAUUAUAAUCUGGAAAUAUCCCUAAGUGGAUGGAUGAAAAGAUCCAGAUCUAAGCAUAACUCAGGAGACAAAGCCAAAUUAUGCAACGAAAAUAUAGGAUCAGCGCCAGUUGCAGUAAAGAUGCAAAAUACGGAGCGAAAUAUAUACAAUCAGGAUCUUAAACCUCAACAAAAGGGCUAUGGAAAUGAUUGUUUGUUUGAUGAGAAUUCACAUUCACUACGAAACAACACGAUGAAAAGACCGACAGAAGAUGAAAACGACAGUCUAAACUUAAAACGAACUAAAUUAUAAUCUUUGGAAAUGUUUAGUUAAAAUAUAUUUGCAACUGUUCAAUAAAAAUCAGAGCGUUUAAAUACUUAAAAAAAA